UCCCCUUCUUCUUCUUCCAACGCAAGCUUUUGGAGCCAAAAAAUUGUUGGCCAUGGCGAACAGCGAAACCUCCGCCGAUGGUGCCCGGCCCUGGCAGUCCUACAACACCGUUUACACGAACGCCAAAGCCGGCAUGGAAGGCGUCGACAAGGAAAGAGUUCAGAGGAUAGUGUACGAAAUGAGCAAAGGAUCGCAGUACUUCAAAAACGAGGAACGCAAAGAGGCCUUCAUCAGGGAGAAGAUAGAGAACAUGCGAGCUCGGUGCGCGAAGCUCAAACCAGCAGACCUGGAUCGCUUCCAAACGAUUGCUGAUAAAAGAAUUUUGGAGCUUGAAGCGACGCGGGACCUUUCGAGGAUUUGGGUACAUGUGGAUAUGGAUGCUUUCUAUGCAGCUGUCGAGACUUUGAGCGACACGUCGUUGAAGGGGAAGCCCAUGGCUGUUGGUGGCAUGUCUAUGAUCUCCACUGCUAAUUAUGAGGCAAGGAAGUUUGGGGUUCGUGCUGCGAUGCCUGGUUUCAUUGCUCGUAAAUUAUGUCCCGACUUAAUUUUUGUGCCUACGGAUUUCGAGAAGUAUAAUCAUUACAGUAGUUUAACUAGAAAAGUAUAUCAGAAGUAUGAUCCUAACUUCCUCGCUGCUAGUCUGGACGAAGCAUAUCUUGAUGUAACUGAGGUUUGCAAAGAAAGGGGCACUACUGGUGAAGAAAUUGCCAAAGAACUCAGAGCUGGUGUUUAUGAAGUGACUGGUCUUACAUGCAGUGCUGGAGUGGCACCAAACCGUCUACUUGCUAAGGUUUGCUCAGAUAUAAAUAAGCCAAAUGGACAGUUUGUUUUACCAAAUAAUCGGGUGGCUGUCAUGACAUUUAUAUCCUCUCUUCCUGUCCGAAAGAUUGGGGGCAUCGGUAAAGUAACUGAGCAUAUAUUGAAGGAUGCUCUUGGGAUUAGUACAUGUGAGGAGAUUCUGCAAAAGAGCAGUUUAAUUUGUGCGCUAUUUUCUCAAUCUGCAGCAGAUUUUUUCCUCUCAGUGGGACUUGCCAUCGGGGGAACAGAUACUCCUGAAGCAAGAUUGAGAAAAAGUAUAAGUAAUGAGAGAUCAUUUUCAGCCACAGGGGAUGAAGCAUAUAUUUAUCGCAAAUUGGCGGAUAUUGCAGAGAUGCUAUCUACUGAUUUGCAAAAGGAGGGUCUUUGUGGGCGAACAUUGACUCUAAAACUAAAGACAGCAUCGUUUGAGGUUCGCACCAGAGCUGUGACUUCGCAAAAAUAUAUAUGCUCGACUGAGGAUAUUUUGAAGCAUGCUUCAAAAUUGCUUAAGACUGAACUUCCGAUUUCUUUGAGGCUGAUAGGCUUGCGGGUGUCUCACUUUGAUGAAGAAAAGGUUGGUGCUCCAUCUGAUCCCACACAAAGAACUCUCACCGAUUAUAUUUUAUCAGGAAAUGUUUUAAGGAAAAAUGUGGGGAAUCAGAGCUCCUUGGAAAUGGAUACUGAUGGUCGCUGCAUGAUGCAUGGUGAAGAACCCUCUUUAUUUGAAUAUGGCCAUCAAACUUCUCGAGAUUCUCUUGAUGGAAACCACUUAGUAAAUUUGGACAACAGUAAGUUUACUUUGGAAAAUUUUGAUGAAAAGGAAGAAGUUUAUGAAUCUACGAGCAGUGUAAAUGCAGAAACGGUGUGUGUGGACGUACAGAAUGAGGACAACGUUCAGGGUGGAGUGUCACCAUUGUUGGCAGCAGGUCAUUCUUUUUCUGGGCAGUUUGAGGGCAGUACCCUAGACAGAGUUAAUAAUGUAACUAACAACCGUGAGGACGUUGCAAGUUGUUCAGUCAGUCAGAAAGAGUUACUUUUGUGGUUGAAUGACUACAAGUGUUCGAUAUGUGGGAUAGAAAUGCCAGCUAGCUUCGUUGAGGAAAGGCAAGAGCACUUUGAUUUUCAUCUUGCUGAGAAGCUUCAGAAAGAAGAAUCUGGCGCUGACUCAACAUGUGUGCUGAAGCAGAGAAAUGUCGAGAAGGAUCAUCGUACAAGCCAAAGGAAAAACAAAAGGCCGAAGCUGUCCCAGAAAGAAGGCAAACAUAUACCUAUCGAUUCGUUUUUCGUUAGGAGCAACCAGAACUUCUAGGAUUAUACUUUAUUUGUUAUUGUCUGUAUAUCUGUACAUGUCCCUGUAUUUCAUUUAUUUGGUAAAUAUCAGACUAUUAUGUGGAUUAAUUAAGAAGAGGGGAAAGGGUUCGAAACUAUUACGAUAAUUUAGGAGAUGAGAAAGUUUCGAACCCGGUACCCACCAGACUAUUUAUGUGAAUACAAUCACAGAAUGUGCAAUUUGUAAAGAUUUGGGUGCUAAAUGGAUCCGUCAAGAAAA